GCGCGCCAGCGCCGCUCUGGGUGCCACUUCGUCUGGCUGCUGUGGCGCGUUUUGGAGGCUGGGGGCUGGGCGCCGUUUUUAGGUGUCACCUCCUUCCCGGGCCUGGCUGCGUGCACACGCGAUGGAGGCCGGGUGCUGGGUGCUCGGCGGCGAAUUUGAGGACUCAGUGUUCGAGCAGAGGCCGGAGCGGCGGCCCGAGCCCCCCGCGCCCUACGGCGCCAAGCUCUGCGAGCCGCAGUGGUUUGAUGGAGAGCUGGAAAGUGGCGAUGAUUCCGAAGUUCUCACUCUCAAGAAAUUUAGAGGGGACCUGGCCUACCGACGGCAGGACUACGAGAAAGCACUGCGGGAAUACUCCAGCAUCUCUGAACAGUUGCCAUCUACCAAUUUUGCCAUGAAAAGGGAUGUCCAGGAAGGUCAGGCUCGGUGUCUGGCUCACCUGGGGAGACACCAGGAAGCACUGGAGAUUGCAGCAAACUUGGAAAAUAAAGCAACCAACACGGACCAUCUCACCACGGUGCUCUAUCUCCACUUGGCUGUUUUUUCCAGUUUGCAGAGCUUGGAGAAGACAAUUCUGUGCCUACAAAAACUGAUUUCCCUGCAUCCUCUGAACCCUUGGGGCUGGUGGAGAUUGGCAGAGGCAUACCUGCGUCCAGGACCAGACCUGUGUACGUCAUCUUGGGGACAGACAAGUGUCCCCUCAAGUAACAAAGCCAUCGGUUUCUCCACUGUGCACUCUGGAACAGGCCGUCUUUUGUGUUUCCCAGCAACCUUGCCUGAGAGCGCAGUGUUUUCCAUGGAAGCAAGUGGCUGUAUUAUCCAGAAGACUGAAAAGUCUCCAAAGAAUACGCAGAGCUGUCUGGCACAACGGAGAGAGACAGCAUGGAUGGAGGCUCGGGUGAAAGCUUGUGCCUCUCUGAUUCGCACCAGGCUCUUGCUUCAGCUCACCCAGUCUCAGCAAAUGUCAUUUGCUUUGGAGAGGAACCUGAGAACUCAGCAGGAAAUUGCAGAGAGAGUGAAGAAGCUCAACUUCCCAGCAGAUGCUUUGCUGUUGAUGGAGGAGGCUAUGGGGGAAGAUAUUGUCCCAGAAAAACUAAAAGACGAAGUUCAUUCAGAGGUGAAGUGUGUUGGCCCUGCAGCCCUGGCCGCCUUGGUGAUUGCGUCCUCCAAAGAAUUUGAAGACAAGUGGUUCGGAAAGAUCAAAGACCGUUUCUGCCCCUUGGAAAAUCAGUGCCAUGUGGAGCUACAGAUCACGGCUUAGAAAAGCACGGCAGGACCCAAACAUCUUGCGCCGUACUGUCCCUGUUUACUUUAGGGAGGUCUGUGUAAUUAUGGAAAGCUGAAAUAAAGACGAUUUUAUAUUG